CCUGUUGGUCAGAUGGGUUAUUCUAGCUAUCAGGCAUCAGCCAAGCGGGGCUUCAGUGGAUAUCCUGGAACAAGGGGGAGUCAACAGGACCCACAUCACCUGGAGGCGGCUAUAUGUCUGUGGCCAAAAGUAGCCCCUUCAGUUCCUCCUCCCCAGAGGGUUACAAACAGUUCUCCAGUCAGUGGAGCUUCAGACAUGGUUAUGGCGGCUGGUCAGCAGAAGGCUUUGGGUCUCAGUAUCAUGGCUAUGGUGAAUACGGCUCCAAUGAGUCCAAAGACAUCUUGGAUAUCUCAAACUACACCCCCCAGAAGGCCAAGCGACAGCCAUUUCCUGAAAGUUUAUCAGAAUCCUCUUCUGACUCUUCACAUCUUGGCUCUGCAGCUCCUGGUUGUGGUCCUGGCUCCACAGGUGGCAUAUACAAACAGAAUGAGGCUGUAUCUGCCACUGGGGAGGGGGGUCAAUCAAGUCUGUCCAGCCUGGAGAAACUGAUGAUGGAUUGGCAUGAGAGCGCAUCAGGACCUUCAUAUAACUGGAGCCAGAACGUCCUGUUCCAGGGUGGGGGAACCACCAAACCCGGCCGUGGUCGCAGGAAACGGACUGAACCACAUUCUGAUAAAGAUGGGGGUUCUGGUUUACAUUCUGAUUCCCCAUCUAGUCCUUCCCCAACACCUACUCCUGGGCCAAAGCGGGGAGGGGUUGGAGGGCGGGGCAGAGGGUCUAGAGGGGGCAGAGGUCUGUCUCCCUGUCAGAGAGAGCGACCAUCAGGGUCUAAAGGCAGAGGCAAAGCUGCCGCUGCUUCAGUAGUGGGACAUGUGUCUGCUGGAGGUCCAGACGGGUCUGGGCUGUUCCAGGAGGGGCUGGAUUAUUACAGCGGAGACAGUAGCAGCCUCUCUCCCCUGGCCACACCUAAUCCUGCACCGCCUUCCAGCUACCUCCAGGACCCCUGUGAGUACCCCUCCCCUUAUUCUGCCCACCCGUCCACACCAUCUUCAGAGGAACGAUAUCCAGCCUUAUACCCUGGAGAGUCCUCCUCUUCCCUCUCACCCAGUGUCUCAUCUCCCCCUUACCCCCCUAAGCCCACCCCUCCACCGCCCCAGUCAUACCACCUCGCCCCCUCUAGGACCUUCUCCCCCUCUUGCUCCCCCUCACCACGGUUAACACCCCACUGCGGCACUGCACUGAGUCCCUCGCACCGUCCCCCUCCGAAAGACCCACAGUUUUCACAGUACGACUCCCCAGCUACUGCAGCUCCCCCUACUGGUAUGGACAGACGUCGCACAGCGGCAGCCCCAGCCCGCACUCGCACAGCACGCACUCAAACACAGCCAUGCACUCGCACAGCAACCCGCACACGAGCCCUCACGGAAAUUCGCAUGGGAAUUCACUCACUAGCCCCAACGCAAAUACACACAUGACCCCAACUCCCCUCGACACACAUCCUCAUAACACGCAGCCCCACGCAAACCUGAGCUCACACACCAC